AUGAGUGUGACCAACUCCUCUGCCUACCGAUCGGAGCGCAGCUUCCAGCAGACCUCUUCCUCCUCCUCAUCCUCCAACAACCCAUACAUGGAGAAGAGCAGGGGGCUCUUUGCAGAGGACUUUGGCUCUUUCAUGCGUCCUGGAACGGAUGCCUUGGGAUUUCCAAGUGAGUUGAUUUGACAUGAAUUCCCAAUUGUGGACCAGCAUUACAUAUAAAUUAUAUAGCUAUAUAUGAUAUAUUAGGUUGUUAUUUUCUACUUAUUCCAUACAUAUAGUAUCAAAUUCCAUUGCUUAAUGAAUUUGUCUGUGGAUAAUUCACGCUGUAUUAGCUGUUCAUGUAUGUUGGUUUGAACAUGCAUGUACAUUAAAACCAAUCAUUCUAAAAGACAUAGAGGUGGUGUGUGUGUGUGUGUGACUGAGUGUGUGUGUGUUUGUCUGUGUGUGUCUGGGUCUCAGUGUGUCUCUGUGCCACACACGUGUAUGCAUGUGUGUAGAUUGCCUGCUGAACUCUCUAUAAGGCUCUGUGCACAUGUGAUUUCAUGUGUUUGACCCGACAGCUUCUCAACAGGACAACACAGGGCAAAUGGGAGGGUUGGUUGGUGGGUAGUAGCAGUAGGGCAGAGCAGGGUAUUUUGGUGCUGUGACUGGUAUGCCCGUGCCUCUGGAAAAGGAGGAGGUGGCUGGCGAUGGAGGGAGGACAGGGCAGGAUGGGAGGGGGGAUGGAGGUGAGGGGGGGCGUCCACCCGUUGGGAAUGUUCGACACACUGCCAGCGCCGUGACCUCACACACAGAGAAUGACUGGGAUGACGCCUGGGAGAGGACGGGCCAGACUGUUGCAUAUCAACCAGCAUACACACACUGUCACACUUGGCAUCAUGUAGCCAAAGCAGACAAGUAAGAGGCACCCUGGCAGCUCACACGGUGGAAUGUUCAUUUCCAAUUUAGGGACACACGUUAACUAAUUUACGUUCUAACACAUCACUUUUUAUAAUUAAUGCAUAGACAGUAAACAGGCCAAACCUUUGGACUGUGUGUGAAUUUGUUGUACAUAUGAAUGUAUUUAAGGUGUAGCUAAGGUUAAGUAAGAGUUAUCAUCUUAGUUAUUAUAUCUACGGAUAAGAGUGAUUGGGCUGCACUCAACCUGUCAAGAAUGGCUAGCUCUCAGUAAGCACAUUACUUGGGAAACUUCAAUAUGUCUUGGUUGUGUUUCCAGGUCGGACAGGGACAGCAGGGAAGAUCAAGACGAUGGGAGACAGCUACCAGUUCACAGUGGACGUCCAAGACUUCUCUCCAGAGGACGUCAUUGUCACCACCUCCAACAACCAGAUCGAAGUCCAUGCAGAAAAGGUGGGCAUAUCUCUUUUUAGUGAGAACUGAAUUUUCUGUGAUUUUGAGAACCCUGUAUCUAAAAUAUUUGAGAAUAUCUUGGUCAUUUUCUCAUGUCUAUCAUCACUUCAACAGUUGGCGGCGGACGGUACAGUGAUGAACACUUUCACCCACAAGUGCCAGCUGCCUGAGGACGUGGACCCCACCUCUGUGACAUCAUCAUUGGGCACCGAGGGAACGCUAACAGUCAAGGCCCGUAGAAACCCAUCCAAGCAUGAGCUCACACAGACCUUCCGCACUGAGAUCAAGAUCUAA